AAGGGGAGGCAGUCGAGCGAGCGCGGCAGCGCAGCGGGGCUACGGAGAGAAAGAGACGGGCGCGCCCAGUUUGGCAGCCAUUGGCUCCCCACUGCCGCGCGCCGACGCUUCCGUGAACAAAGAGCACUAGCUGCCUCGAGCGCAGCCAAGUUGCCGCGGCAGCAGCGCGACCCGUCAGAACGUCCUCGGCAGUCCGGCUAGCUGUAUUCAGGCGCGCACUGCACGAACGCACUAUUGUGCCGAGCAGCAAGCACGACGAGGAUCGUCGACCCAGCGUGUAUCGAGAAGAGCAGUGUGCAGGCAAACGACGGUGUACGGAUUGUGCGACAGCUAUCCGUGCCAGAAGUGAAAGCAGCGCGCCGCGAAACGCCAUACGUGUGUGUGUGUGUGCGUGUGUGUGUGUGUGUGCGCGCAAGACUCGGCAGCCAUUUUGUCAGCGCUCGCUGCGACGGUGCGUGUUCGCCGCAAGCUGGCUCAAACUGCUGCGCACAAGCGGGCUAAGGAGCAAUACGACUACGGUGAGAGUUAGUGGGUCGAACGGAGAAGUCAGCACCGUGGACCAGUAGCAAUGAGGUUGGAAAUCAUCUCGGCGUCGGACUUCCUGGUGCAGCUGCUGCGGCUGCAGCAGGGACAGCUGAGCGAGGCGCAGCUGCAGAUGUUCAAGCACUCCCUGCAGGAGGUGCUGCGGCGCCGUUACACCGACCACUGGUUCCCGGACAAGCCGAACCGCGGCAGCGGCUACCGCUGUAUCCGCAUCAACGGCAAGAUGGACCCGGUGAUCGCGCAAGCGGGUAUCAACGUGGGCCUCGGGCCGGGCAUGCUGCAUUCGCUCUUCCCCAGCGAGCUCACCAUGUGGAUCGAUCCGGCCGAGGUGUCGUACAGGAUCGGUGAGAACGGUAGCAUCUGCGUUCUCUUUGAAGGUUGCGGGGAGGAGUUGUCCUCCGGCAGCGAGUCGUUUGACGAGCCGAUGCCCAAGGUCGCGCCGCAAUUUCUCCACCAGACCAGCCACUCGAGUCAGCAGGCCAACUUUGAGAGCUGCAAGGACUCGCUGCUACUCGAGCACACGCAGUUCAGCGAGCAGAUCGCCGCCUUCGUGUCCAGUUAAAGCUCCUGCUGCCGCCGACGCCGCCGUCGCCGCCACCGCCACCGCCGCCGCCGCCGCUGCUGCUGUCCAUCGCGAGCCACUACGCGCAGCCAGGAUUAUUACUCUUACGAUUACUACUCUUAAACAAUGAUUUGCAUCAUAGCCCCCAUUUUUAUUUAACUGUGUCUGUGUCUGAAAGGAGAGAUUGCAUUUGCCGAGAGAAUGAGGAGAAAAAGCUGGCACAACCCAACCUCAUCAGCCUUCCUUUAUCACUGUGUACAAAAGUGUACGUUUCGCGCGGUGCCGACGCGCGAACGCUGCGGUUCGCGCAGCGUGUGUUGCUCGUCGUCGCGUGCGACGGGGCCAGGAGUGUUCGAGCGACGGCACGGUUCGUGACUGCCGAUGAUCUCAGCAACAAGGGAGAGGAUGCUCGUCGUAGCCGUCGCCGCCACCGUUAUCAGCUGCCACUGCGAGUUCUUUGUUUUGUUCCGAUGCGUCGCCCGUCAUAGAGUGCGCUCGCGGCUACUGCAACAGCGGCAGCAACAACCAGUUUCUUCGCCAAUUGUGUAUAUUGUAUUAUUAUUCGGUUGAAUAACGUGAGUCGACAAAAACAAUGAAGCUGUGAUUUUUUUCUUCGCGAGAUUUAUUGAUCAGAGAGAAGAAUGAGGAAAAUGUUAACUAAAUUUCUUUGGUUUUGGUGUACAAGUGUAUGCACGUAAGAUAUGACAACGGGGUGCGAGUGUCUGUGUGCGAGUGACGUUAUAUACAUGCGUUUCAUUGUGCGAUCCUAGUGGCUCCUUUUGCUGGUGAUUGUUCCCUCAAGGACAUUAAUUAUUUUAUCCCUCUUUUCUACGAUUCUCGCGAGUUUUCCAGUGGCUUGGAUUUUUCAUUAUUUAUUGGCUGCUCCAAAACAAAAGCCGUUUAAAUUGUAUCAUACUCGUCACAUAUAAUUUAUAGUAAUAACUCAACGACAAGCUUGAUUAUAUCGGUUCAACAUAAAAUUUGUAAAUAUUGUAAAGUGUAAAAGUGAAAAAAUCAACGGCUUGUUUCUUUUGGACAAUCCCACAGAAACGCACGCGCUGAUAACACAGCGAAUACAAGACGACGUAAAAAGUUUGAAACACCAUAGGAGGAGCCACUUCUCCAGCGACUAGGAUAUUAUCCUUCGUAAAUAUGUAAACAAUGUUAUAGUCUUUCCUUAUGAUAUAUAAAAAGUGAUAGAUUUCUAUAUAAUGCAAAACAAACAAAAAUAUAAAGUUUACAAAUAUUAAUGAGAGCGAAACGUCUCGUCUCUUUUUUUUUUUUAUUUUUUGAUUCACCAUUCUACAUAAGUUGCAAUUUACACUAAAAGGUCGGAUUGAUGAAGAGUGCAUUUCUUUUUUUCGUCUUGUAUACUUUCAUUUUUCUUCUGUAAUAGCUGAUCAUUAUAUAUAUUAUAAAUAUAUAUUUACAAUUUUUUUCAUUUUUCGUGUGAGUGCGCGUGAGAAUGGAGAGAGACUAUACUGACUGAUAUGAACGAGAGAAAUAUCGCGCUCGGCGUCGGAGAAUUCAUUAAGGCUCUUGUACGUAUGUAAAACGAUAAACAAAAAAAGUAACAAACAAAAUGAUAUGCUAAAAGAAAAAAAAGAAUAAAACAACCCACCUGUGAUUAUAUAGCGUUAUAUAGAGGAGAGACUAGGACUGCGUGAGAAAGAGGCACAUACAUGUAGCGUCAGUCGAGCGGACGCUGGAAAGCCCCCGGCGGAGCCUUAUACGUGCGAGAUUUAUAUAUUGUACAUUAUAUGCCACGAAACAAUUGUGUAUAUAGAAAAAAAACGCGAUACAUUCGAGAUUUCUUCAUAACUAUAUACAUACAUACAUACGCGCUCGCGCGCGCGCGUGUGUGUGUGUGUGUGUGUGUGCGUGCGUGCGUGCGUGCGUGCGUGCGUGCGUGCGUGCGUGCGUGCGUGCGUGCGUGCGUGCGUGCGUGCGUGCGUGCGUGCGUGCGUGCGUGCGUGUGUAUGUAUGUAUGUAUGUAUGUAUGUAUGUAUGUAUGUAUGUAUGUAUGUAUGUAUGUAUGUAUGUAUGUAUGUAUGUAUAUAAUAUAUUUGUCAGCGAGAGCGUGUUUUUGUCGAAGUAUGAUAUUACAAAACUUUUUGUAAUUGCUUUUUUUGUAUAUUUUGUCUAUAAAUGCCUUAGAAUAAACCACUUAUUCUUCAUAAUAAAAAACACAAGCGCUUUCUCUUUUAUUUUCAAUCUUGAGAUUAAUACGCUUGCAUACACACGGAUAACACAUUGUUAUAUGUUUUUUCAUUUGCUCGUUAAAAUGCUCAUUCGAUAAGCGUGCGUGAAGGCUCCGCAAGUUCGAGUCGAAGCUCGACGGCACCUCUCAUAAGUAACAAAAAAAAGAAAUCAGUAACAAGAUAACGAAUAAAAAAAGAUAUAUAUAAGCGAAAAAAGAAGGUGACACCGGCAAAUAAAGUAUAUAUGUUGAAAGAAAAGCGAUGCACACGCGUCCGGGGAUACAGAGCUGCAUGUAUAAAUAUGUAUAUGUACUAAAGAGUAUACACGAUCGACCGUACAUACAAUGUAAUAGUAAUAACAUUUGUUUCCAUUAAUACUACGUUUGUCCGUUUUCAUUGAGUCAACGAAACAAUUCCUCUUCCAUACGAUAUUUAUGUAACCAUUGGGCAGUGCACGCGGUGCUCCAACACGAUCCUUCGCGAACGCGCACAAAAUAGUACAUUUGAAUAUUGGUGCAAGAAAGUAAUUGCACGUGUACCUAAGAUUAUUUUUCGAUACGACGUGUGUGGGGCGAGAGUCGUUAAAUCGUUAAAGAGUUAGGCAUGUCGAAAGUCCAAUCCCCACGCACGGUCUGUCCAAAAAUAUCGAUUGCGCGUCGUGGUCGUCGACUACUGCUUCAUUCAUACGAUUUUCCGUUUCUCCCUGAUUUUAACUGUUCAUUUGUCCUGCACACUUGCGAGAGAAUAUUGACGACGAUUCAUCGCGAGAGGGAGGGUCAGCCUCUCGCGACGAUUAUCGAUUAUUGUAUGAUAAAAACACAGUGGAAUGAUGAGAAUUACGAACGCAUUCGUUGACUGGAUCGCGACUGCGGUGUGCGCUUAUUACUAUGUAUACAUAAUUAUAUAUGUGAUCAAGAGCGAUAUAUAACGACGAUAUAGCAAGCCGAGCGUUGUAAACUAAUUAUAUACGCAUACACGAGUCCUUUUCAGGAAGAAUUUGUACAAAUGAAAGGCCAUCACAUACAAGCCGCAGUAGCCAACACGAGAUGAUGAGCGGCCAAGCGGUAGAUGAGCCAAGUCUGUGAUUUUAGCUUGGUUAAUUCAGUAUUUUUUAAAAAUGUUACGAGAAAAACACGAAAGAAAUAAACAAUCACGAUCAAAAACCAAAAAAAAUGAAGAAAAAAAAACGAAAAACAAGCAUUAAAUUAGAUGAGAAGUUUCAUUCCCGACAGACAAAGAAACAAAAAAGAAACAAAAAAGAAAAAAAAGAAACAAAAAAGAAACGCGAGAACGCGAGCGCGAGGAUUUUCAGUGUGAAUGAGUUUGACUGUGAAUAAUUACUCUGUUUAAUAAAGGGGGUGAGAGCAAGAAGAAAACAAUCGCGACUUCAUUUCUUUAUUCUUUGCGCGUGUGUGAGUGAACGGAAAAAAGCAACAGUGUUUUUUCUUUUUUGACGUAUCGUCCUAUUGCGAUCCUUCUUCAUUUCAAUUGGAUCAUCCGAAGAGACGAAAAACGGUGAAGAAACGAGCGAUAAGGGAGGGCUUGCGAGGGAUAUAAUGUCUUAACAGCCUUCGAAUCUCGAACGAACGGAGCUUAAACCAUGUUCCUCUGAAAAAAAGCAUACAAAGCAAAGAAACUUGAACUGCCUUUUCGAACCGAUAGCCCUUUUUCCUUUAUUCGCGAGAAAAAGAAUAACGACUUGUAUAAAGUUUAUUAUCAUUAGUGCGUCGAUUUUUCCGUGGUUCAGGAAAGAUCGGCCAUACUGUAUUGUGAUUAUAUUAUUGUAAAUAUUGCUAAGGGGGGAUUGAAUAAAUAGUCGUGAUAAAAAAUUAAACAAAAUGACGCGCGCGUGAUAAAUAAUAUUCAAACGAGGAGGGUUUUCGAGGAGCUAACGCGAUCGAGAUUCGGAGGCCAAGUGAUUUUUUUGAGAUAAGCGGAUUUUUAGAUUUUCACACGUAGAUGACGAUACACGCAAUUCUUACAUGUAAUACACGUGAAGUAAGCAACAAAAGCUGUUUCUCCGUCUGAUGUUCAUUGUCAAAAAGCAUUGUAAUGUACAAAAAUCUCUGGGUAGAUUUGUUUCGAUGCCGUGUACACGUAAACAUUCAAUUAUGUAACUUAACACUCACAAAAUAGGUUGUAAGGCACUAAAACAGAAUGAAAAACCAUUCGACAACAAACAACAAUUCGGAGGCGUAUUGUAUUGACGGAAGAUAAUAGAGUGAAAAAAGCUCUGCAUUGAUCUAUAAUUACGAUAUCUCUAAGAUUAAUUGUAUCAUCAGUGUAUGAUUAUAUUUAGUUGGUAGGUCUCUCGUACGCACGAUAUUUUACACACAUGCGCGUGCAUGAAAGUGUGGUGUGGUGUGGUGUGGUGUGGUGUGGUGUGGUGUGGUGUGGUGUGGUGUGGUGUGGUGUGGUGUGGUGUGGUGUGGUGUGGCGUGGCGUGGCGUGGCGUGGCGUGGCGUGGCGUGGCGUGGCGUGGCGUGGCGUGGCGUGGCGUGGCGUGGCGAGGCGUAGCGAGGCGUAGCGUGGCGUGGCGUGGCGUGACGUGACGUGACGUGACGUGACGUGACGUGACGUGGCGUGACGUGCGUGGCAUGGCGUGGUGUGGUAUGGUAUGGUGUGGUGUGGUGUGGUGUGGUGUGGUGUGGUGUGGUGUGGUGUGGUGUGUGUGUGUGGUGUCUGUGUGUGUGUCUCAUGGAAGAUAUGCUUGUACAUACGCUCUCGAGCUCGAAAAAAUUAAAAACUUUAACAAAAAUGCGCGAUGAGUGCAUGAGAGUACUUGAGAGUGAUUGAGCGAAUUAUAAUUAUUAUAUAGCGACACCGAUGUGUCGAAGUAUGCGCGGCGAAGUAUAUAUGCGAGAGAAGAAUCUAUAAUUUUUUCGACUGUUUUUGUACAGAGAUACACAAAAUAAUGAUGAUAUUAAUGAAAAAAGGCAAAAAAAAUAAAGAAAACAAUGAGUCGAAAAAGGCCUUGUGCUUAUAAGAUUUCAUUGAUACGAAAAAUAA